AAUUUAAUCAGAUUAACAUUUCAAUUUAGAUACGACUCAAAAAUCACUUUCGAAAGAAUAACAUUACACUUUGAACACGAACUUCGUCGAAAAUGGAAUGUCAUUUUUUUUUCGUUGAGUUGAUAUGCAGAAUUUGAACCCUCACGCAUUUGUCAGAUUGGUUUGAAUUUCCGUUUUUAAAUGAUUGAAUGACGUUUGAUUUUGACGCAAACAUUUUGUUUUGACACGCAUAUUUUUUCGAAAUAAUAUAAACAUCAACCAAAAAAUGGCUAGUGAAGAGAAUCGUGGUUUUGCUUUGAAUCGAUCGAAAAAGGCGAAGCUGGACAGCUUUGAAACGCUCAUGCAAUCGAUUGAACGUGGCGAUAUUGAUGCGGUAAAGGUGAUACUAGUCGAUGUUUGUUUGGCCGACAAAGUGAAUGAGCUAGGCGAGUCUCCUUUGCACAUUGCCGUCAAGAAAAACGAUUUGGAGAUGGUCAAGUGCUUGCUUACUGUUUGCCCAAUGAUUAUCAACAACAGAACAAAAGCACAUCGGUCAGCGUUGCACAUGGCAGUGGUGAACAAUUCCGAGGAAAUUGUUAAAUUUCUGAUUGAUCGUGGCGCAUCGCUGGAAAACCUGGAUAUCAUGAAAAGAACGCCACUUUUCAACGCGGUCGCUGAGGGUCAUGCGAAUCUUGUCAAGCUGUUGCUGGAUAAGGGCGCUGAUUCAAGUGUCGUUGAUAAGAAUGGAUACGGCAUGAUGUUAUGCACCGAUUCCGAUGUCAUUUCUGACAUGCUGUGCGAGUAUAGAGACAAAGCCAUCGAACGGACUUUUAAUGAAAAUUUGACCGCUUUCAUACAGUCAAACCUGGUAUCGAAUGAACCGAAACCUUCGACUUCGUCUGCCAACCGACCAGAAGUUGAGAGACGCAACGGCGUGCCUAAACGGUGUGCGAUGAGCAACGACAAUACAUCUGACGUACUCGAAUCGUUUGCUUUGGAGCCGACAACGAUCAUCGUUCGAGGUGUUGACUCGCAUCCUUCAACGAAUCGACUUCCGUUCCGUCAAAAAAUGCCAAAACUUGUCGCGGCACCAGUGUCAUUGUUGCGCGUAAAUAAAGCUGACACCGUUUCAACUGAACGGGCGAACAGCUCAAGUGGGAAUGGUGCUGAUGCUUUGUUCACGAAACUCCUGGGCCUACAGGCAGAGAAGCAUCGGCUCGAAGCGGAAAAGCUUCGGAUUCAGAAGGAAAGUAUCAGGAAUCAGGCGCAAAUUGAUCUCCUGAUGGACAUUUUACAACAACAACAACCAGCGAACGAUUCUUAAAAACUCAAAUGCCAAUGUUUUUGACAUGAAUUGAUUUUUAGCACUACAUGAAAUGUAGAGCUACUAAUCUGCU